AUGGCUCCCAGCUUACAGGAGCUAAUCGACUUCCUGCUCAACGAGGUCGCGCUUUGCGGUAGCCAAGGUGCGACCUUGCCAGAAAUCCUCACAGCAAUCGAGGUUUUCUACCAAAAUGCAUCUCAAGACCCAAGUCAGCGAAGCCAGACUGUAGAUCGCCGGUUCAAAGCCAAGGUCUGGUCAUGGCUCAUGCGCCACCUAGAAGUGUCUGUGAAACCUGAUGAUGAAUGGCAUAGCCUCAGUCUGGAGGAUGCAGAGCAACAAAACCGCGAACUCGAAGAAAAAGCUCAUCAUCAUGAUCCUGAAGCCGAUGGAGAUCAUGAUGAAGCUUCGCCAAUGCCCUCGUCCAUUCGCGUCUUCGUUUCAAAAGAGAGAAUGUGGUACGCUCUCACUGGACAUGAGCCAGAUGAUGCCAAAGUCCCCGCCAGCGAAUUCAUGCUACUCUCCAUAAUUGCUUCCCGUAAGUCUGACGGCAUCGCCCAAACCGAUCUCGUGAGGCUCAGCGGGCAAGAUAAACGUUCCGUCCCUAAGCGAACAGACGCCCUAGCUCAGAAGGGCUACGUUGAGAAACGCCCGAUCCAAAUCAGAUCAGCUCGCACCAGUCUUGUUAUCUUUCGACGAUUCGUGAAACCGGCUACCGUUGAGGCAACAGUCGAAGGUACUUCCGCAGGCGCAUCUGAACGUCCCAUUAUCAACUUUGACGCGUUCACUGCCAAACUGUUCGAGAUCCUCAAAGAAUUCGGCAUCAUCUCGCGCAAUGAUCUCAAGAGACGUUUAGGGUUUGAUGAUCGUUGGCGCUGGCGAGUUUUGUCACGGGCGCUCCGCAAGUACGAAAGAAUUGGAGUCUUAAAGCGAGUGAGAGCCAAAUCGCAAUACGACAAGAUUCAUCCCUGCGUGAUGCUCAUCCGCGAGCCCACCGAAACCGACAUUGCGAAGUUUAAUGCUGUCAGCGGGGACUUGAACCAGACUGCAGAUGACCAAGCGGAUGUUGAUGACGAUAUUGAUGAUGCUGCAGGGGAUGAGACAGUCGGUGUGGAUGAGGGUGCUCUUGAAGUGUCAAAGGACAAGCCUGUUAUCGAAGCUGGACGGGCCGUGCCGUCAUGGACACCAGAUCGCCCCCUGGGAAACCAAGUAUUUGAUGUUGUGAACAAUUCUGGAACCGCCGGAAUCACCAAUAACGAAAUCAACCGCAUCUGCUUUGGUAAUAUUUACCGUCGACCUUCUGAAAGUGCGCUGCAUCGUCUUACCGAUUGCUGGCAACUGUCACAGCCACCCCACCUGCGGCACCUUGCCAUUGUCAGGGACACAGCCAUCGAGAGGACUACGUUCUUCUAUGUACACUAUUCGGCCAAUAAUUUUGCGAAGAUGGUGGAGAGUGGUGAAGCAUCAUGGGAGGCAGUGGAGUUUCCAGCACAAAAAGCCAAGGCGGCGAAGUGCGUGAUACCUGCGGUUGAUGCUGUCGCGAAGCGUGACAGAUAUGGCUUCCAUGAAUCGAGCGCUAGUAAAAAGCUGGUGAAGGACGGCAAUGCAAGCUUGUUUGAGGCUCUCGCCGUCUGUAAGCCGCCCACUUAUCUUCUGUCAAGCAGUGAUCCCAUGCCGGUGAGGCUUCCGGAUGGACAUUUCAUGGUUGAUAUGGGUAGAUCAGCUGUCGCUGGGAUUGUCAUACCUUCGCCGAUUAGCUCUCGCCCUCACGGAGGCCGUCCAAGGGGGCCGAAAGCCAAAGCUUUUCCGAGACGGUCGACUUUGUUCAAAGUGGAGAGGAUUUCUCCUGGGAUUCCUGAUCCCAAUGAUCCGGAUGGAAUGGAACUGGAUCAUGUUCCGCGAGAAAUUCCAGAUCACCUAACGUGGGAACAGCCAUCUCGCUGGCCAUCAAGGACCAGUAACAAGCGCGCGAACUUGGAGGGCCUCUCGGAAAAGGAACGUUUUGAAGUGCUAGGCAUGGACGAGACAUGGACAGAGUACAACGUACUUGUAAAUGAAUGCCCCAACCCUGGUGUCUAUGUUACGCCCCAAGGCAAGAGAAGACCAGCGGGGAGGAAACAAGGCCGUCCCGCCAGAAGUCGAAUCGCAGUUUUCAAAUCAGCAAAAUUGUCUGCUUUUUCCUGGUUCAAACGAGAACCCAGUGACAUGGGUCACACGGCUGUUGACGAAAAGGAUACCCCAGCCGAGGCCAGCACUCGCCAAAACGGUGUGCCUAUUUCGGUACCCACUGUACCCAGCUCUGAGGGUUUCACAGCUUUCCAACCGGUUCCCAACGUGCAGCCCACUCCGAGAUCUUCAAGCCGGCGCAAACGAGCUCAGGAUGACUUGGAUUACACCGAGUCGCCACUCACUGCCCGUCAAGCACAGCAGCGCAGUACGAGACGACCCCGGAAACAACCUCGUCUUGAAGAGCUUCAAGAUGUGGCCAACGAGGCUGGCGCAUCGGCCCCAGAAAAUGCAGCUCCAGGCGAGAGUGCUCAGAUUUCCGAGGAAGUUGAGUCAACCCCGGCUGUAACGACUUCUAGAACACACCCACUGAGUGAAGACGAGGCUGGAGCGGUCACGCCUAAACGACGACGUAUCGGCUCUCUGGAUCAGACUGCGGCGUCGGAAGGUACCCAAACAGCAAGUCCAGAGGUCAUUAAAAGCCCUGCGAAGAGAGCCUCAGCUCCAACGCCUAAAGGACCUGUGCCUUUCUCGAGGAGUUGGCUCUCCAAGGCGGUUAGUCCGUCUUCCAGAAGCACGCCAGGUCAGACACCCAGGUUAAACCAUGGUUUGACAGACCGAGGUGGCUCCGUUAGUAUUCUUCGCAGAAAUAUCAUUAUGGAGAUCGUGGAAAAAGCUGGCGGCGCAUAUCCUUCUACUCCCGAAAUCUGGUUUCCAUUUGCAACCAUGUGGCUCAAGCGCAAGCAGAAAGAGCGACCGGAUAAUCGCACAGUCAAGGGUGCGAUCAGAAACCUGGUAGAGGCUGGCAAACUUCGACAAUUGACAUUCUGCGGCAAAGGCCCGAAAGGCGCGAUGGUUACCAAGACCAUUUUGGCCAAGCCUGAAAUGUCGCCAGAUGACCCCUUGAUCAAGGACAUGCAGCACAAGCUUUUAGCUGCAACUGAUCAGCGCCUUUCCUACUCGCCAAACAUUGAACUAGAUCCUGAGCUCGUCAGACACAGUGGCCAAACGGGAAUCCCGAAACUUGUGCUCCCCGUCGUUUCAGGCGCCACGGUUCAGUUGCAACAGAAACCUGCCACCGUCCUCGCAGAGGAGCAAAGAACUGAACGCCGGGUCCAAAAAGAAUUGUUGAAGAAAUUGGAAGACGAGCUUGGUAUCAGCGAUUCAUCUGCUCCCGGCUCCAAGCGACUCAUGAAGAUUGGUCGUCGUCAAGCUCGACAACUCGGACAAGACUUCUUGGCAGGUGCCUCUCACACUUGGAUUACCCAACCAGGUGUUGGCAUGCCCGGUAGAGGGAUCAGGGGUGACGCUUUACGAUUCUUCAAAACAAUGUCUGUCAUCGGACGUCAUGCCAUGCUGAUGCACCCGGAACAUGUCUUCCACUCAAGCUCUGGCACGUUUGGUACAUUAGGGGCCGCGCAAAGACGCACAUUUAACAGGCAUGUUAGCGGCGACGUGGCGAGCUCUGUUCGUGAGCUUGCUGAGCUGGCCUCUGCCCCCAAUGUUACCCUGACUGGUCGAGUUAAGACCUUCCACUCGAGGGCUGAGAGGAUUCUCAGGUGGGAGCUUGAACACGAGGAGAUUUUCGACGAAGCUCAUGAUGGCAGGGGCACUUACAUUGAACAAACCGUUAGUGACGAGUUUGAGCAUGUGCCUAUUGAGGGAGAGAUUCGGUUCGAUAUUGACCAGCCAAUUGCUCGUGUCGAUCAACAGGGAAGUGCGAUGGUCACUCGGAGCGCAGGGUCUUUACGCGAGAUUCGGCCUCGGCCUCCCGGGCAGGCGCAUUAUAUUCCAUCGGGAUAUCAACCUUUCCACAAAAUUGACACUGCCCCUGCACGCCGUCGUAUUGAUGGAGUUGAUACGUCGAUUCCUGGUCGGUAUGGAGUACAGCCAGAUGAUGUCAGAAUCAUACGUCCAAGGCGCCGGGCAGCUCUUCCCCCGCUUGACCAAACUCUGUACCGGAAGAUCAUGGUUGCCAUUGUCGCCGUCAGAGUACUGGCAGGCGGCUCAGAGGCAAGAAGCGUCGACUGGGAUCUUAUAUACGCUGCAUUCCCCAAACAUGACCCUAAUCUUAUUCUGGAACAAGCAAAGUACAUCCUGAACAAGAGUCGGCUACAGAUUGCUGGCAUGCAGCGUGACUUCCAAGAGCAGUAUCUUGAAGCAUACGCCAAGCGAAAGGUUCCAGCCAUUGACUACAAUAACCUGGACAAAUACAAUUGGCCUGCUGUCGUCGAAUGGGCCAAUAUUGAACUUGAGUUCUCCACUUCUGAAAAGGCUCCGCUUCUCCCUGCGACUCGGGAGGAGUUUGAUAGCAUUUUCGAGCUUCGGCCCGAGGCUGCGCCAACGGCCGAUGAGCUUUACACCGUUACUUCGGGCAUUACCGUUGACUUCAAGCGUGGCUUGAUGACUCACGUCCCAUUUGCGGUGCAGGUUGACACCAAGGAAAACCGUGCCAUCAAAGGACCCCGCAAGAACGAGCUCGCUCGACUUGACGUCGUCAAAACGUGGGUACGUGCCAAUGUCGCCGCGUCCGAAUCGACAUAUGAUCCGCCUAGAGCUGAGGAAGCUCUCAGACCAUUCGGUACCCAGCUUAUCAACUCGGCUGUGCAAUCUCUUCUCACCGAUCGAGUCAUUAGCAUGGGCAACAAGGGUCGUGUUGUACCGGGCCGCAAUUACGAUCUCACAGAGCAUCUCCUAACGGCACUGAGCCGCAAGCGCCACAUUGACUGCCCUAUCCUGAAGCGUGCAGCAUACUUCAAGACGGCGAUUCUUGACCCCCAGCUGGAAAGCAUGGGAUCCUUUGAUGUGCAUUACCACGCCGAAGAUGGAGACAUUCUUGCUCUGAUCAACCUUUUCAACUACGGCCAGCUCACUCUCCAUCCCCGUGGUCAGCCACGCGCCCGAUGGGGUUUGUUAGAUGACGGCGGAUAUCUCACUAGGCAAAUGGACAAGGAUCGCGUACGCUUUGCUGUUGAAGUCCGCCCAUCAAAUUCAUAUACCUACGGCAACCCUGUCCAGGCGCGAGUGGAUACUAUCUCUGCUCCACUGCCACCACCCUCCAAUGACCCCAAUCUUCCGCCCAAAUUGCCCCUCUGGUUCGAUAUCCACGGGUACUUGAUUCCACAGCUAUGGGAGAUGGCCAUUGCCUCAGUUCUGGGCUGCGUUUCUAUGCGGCAGGGUCUUAGCCCGGAACGCAUCUCGGGCAUGAUUAAGCCGGCGAUGGGCGCUUGGGAGAUUGAGUUGCUCUUGAACUGGUUGAAGGACGUCGGAGUGGUGGACCGGCAGAGUCACGGUGAGAAGGAAGGAUGGAUGGUUCGCCACUGGUGGUGGAUGGUUCUCACAGAGAAGGAUUCUGGCGCGGCGAUGCCAGUGACUGAGGCAGUUUCAGAGCCCGUGGCAGAGCCAGUUACGCAUGUUGAAGAGUCCACUGCUUCCGCCUGA